AUGAGUCUGACUUCUGUGGUUUCCUGGAGUCUGGUCUCCGGCUAUAAAACCUUGCUGGGAGCAGGACGAGACCCCAGAGGCAGCCCCACCUCAGAGGGACCUGCUGAAGCCCAGAAGGCCGUGAUGGAGCUCCUGCUGCCCCUCCUGCUGCCCCUCCUGCUGGGGAUGUGCCCCCCAGGCUGCACCAGUCACGCCUGGACGUGGAGGGAGAGAGGAGGAGAAGCCAAGGCGGCGCCCGGGGCACCCCCCAGCCCCUACGUGGCCUUUCUGCGGGGGAAGGACAACCACACCUGCGGGGGCUUCCUGGUGGCGCCCGCCUGGGUGAUGACAGCGGCUCAGUGCCUCGCCCACAAACCUCUGACUGUCAUCCUGGGAGCCCACACACCCCGAAGGAGAGAGGAGAGCUGGCAAACCUUCCAGGUCAAGGAGUACCACUGCCACCCAGACUUCACAAGCCCUAAGAAGAGAAAGGACAUCCUCCUGCUGAAGCUGAACGGCAACGCCACCAGGGACGGCCACGUCUGGCCCAUUUCCUUGGAGAAAUCCAGAGUUCGUGGCGGCACCGAGUGCAGCGUGGCCGGCUGGGGCUACGGGACGGCCGCGGUCACCGUCAUCAAACAGAGGGACUGCCUCAACCAGUACCCAGGGCUCGCUGACAACUUGAUUUGUGGCCGCAGCAGAUCCUCCGGGCUACCUGAGAAGGGCCGUGCUGGGGAUCCUCUGGUCUGCAACAACAAAGCCUACGGCAUCUUCUCCUACAGGCACAGCAACUGGCCUGGCUUCUACACACACAUUGCUCCUUACCUGCCCUGGGUCAACAGCGUCAUGAAGUCAGCGUGA